AUGAUUAAGAACCAUUAUUCGCGCCAGAUUGAGGGCGGUAGAUCUGAUCUCGAAGAUGCAGCGAACAACGCCAACGUCCGUCGCGAGCGUGGAGAAGAUCUCGGUCCACCUCCCACACCUACACCUAUCGUCAAGCGCAAGUACGACAAUCCUCAACAAGCCAGCACUCCACGUGCGAUUGCCCCACAGAAGGAUGCGAUGGACAUGGACGAGCCAAUGUCGCUUUCGCAAGCUCCCAUGCCGAAGCACAACUCACCGCCUCAAUUCCCGCCCAAGCCAAGAUACGUAUCUUCCGCACAGGGCACGCCUGUCCCUGCACCGCGUGCCAUACCGGGACCCAUGCCACCCGCGUCGAACCCUCACUCCUCCGGUAAUGCCACGCCGAUGCAGCAGCCACCACAGCCUCACAAGCAGGACUGGCAGUCGCGCGUCCUUGGUGGCCAAGGAAGUCAGUCUAGUCCGCCGAAUGCUCCGUUGGACAGAGAUGGUCGAGCGCCGUACUUCCCGCACCACAGGAGUUCGAUGAUGAGCUCGAUGAACAGCCGAGGCAACCCGUCGCCGCCACCACACGCGAUGGGUCACUCGAGAACUUCGUCGAUGAACUCACAACAGCCUGCAGGGUCAAGAGAUCAGCGAGGUGCCAUGGGUGGACCACCACCAUCCAGUCAUCUUCACAACAAUCCAUACGGCGCGUCCCACCAACCGCCACCCUUCUCGCAAGCUCCUCCCGCCCAGAAUCGUGCAGUUCACUCCCACAACAGCUCCAUCACCGGUGAUCCUAAUAUGAUGCCGCGCUUCCCCAGUGGCCCGGCCAACGACCACAGUCGCGAGGAAGCCAUACGCCGCG